AGCCUCACCUUCACAUCACAGCGGAGAGGAGAGGAGAGAGAGGGAGGAAAUAAGACGAGAGAUAUUCACUCUCCGUUAUGUCUGCCGAGCAGCACCCCUGUCCUGUAUCCCUCUCUGAGUGCCGGUGCGACAGGGACGUGGGGAUGCUGUGAUGUCUGAUUGAGCUGAGCUCUGUCACUGCUGCUGCCUCCGCUGCUCUGUGGGCCUCUGAGACUGCUGGAAAAGCCUAGGCCUCGCUUGUCUGGAGCGCCCUGCUACACAGCUGAAGCGACGGGCCGGUGAGAUCCCCGACUACGAGGCUGCGUGGAGCAGGAGAGUGGAGGAGGAAGUGGAGGAGGAGAAAGAUGAGAAGCACUCUGAGCCUGCACGAGAAGCAGCGUGCACACCAGAACCGUCGCUGAGGCUUAGGCUGCUUCUUCAUUGUAAGGUGUGAUGCUCUCCGGGCCACGUCCUGUUUUUAUAACGAGGAGCUGGUGUUUUACGUCCUAAACUAACAGGAGAGGGAGAGUCGAGGCCCUGUACCUCCAUGCUACCAGAUUCAAACAAGGCCUCCUCCCUCUUUGCUCCUUCUGAGUGAACCAGGCUCCUGUUUUUUCUUUUUCUUGACGUUCUAAGGAUUUGCCUAAACCUGUUUCAUGCAUGUCCACUGGAGGCAGGUUUGACUUUGAUGACGGGGGGUCGUACUGCGGGGGGUGGGAGCAGGGUAAGGCCCAUGGCCGAGGGGUUUGCACGGGGCCCCAGGGUCAGGGCGAGUAUGCGGGUGCCUGGAGCCACGGCUUCGAGGUCCUGGGCGUGUACACGUGGCCCAGCGGGAACAGUUACCAGGGCACCUGGGCACAGGGCAAGCGGCAUGGCAUCGGAGUGGAGAGCAAGGGCCGCUGGGAGUACAGGGGGGAGUGGACCCAGGGGUUCAAAGGUCGCUACGGGCAGCUGGAGAGCACGGCUAGCGGGGCCCGGUACGAGGGAACGUGGAGUAAUGGCCUGCAGGAUGGAUACGGCACUGAAACCUACUCUGAUGGAGGAACAUACCAAGGCCAGUGGCUGGCUGGGAUGCGUCAUGGCUAUGGCGUGCGGCAGAGUGUACCGUACGGCAUGGCGGCCGUCAUCCUCUUCCCUCUGCGAACGUCCAUAAACUCCCUCCGCUCCGAGCACAGCCACGGCCCUCCGGCUGUGCUGGAGGACGGCACGGCCACCACGCCCACUGACGGGGUGGUGGCCGGGCUGGCGGGGAGUCCUGUGGGACGAGGUGGGUUCGCUCUGACAGCUCCAAGUGAAGCUGAACGCCAGAGGAAGAGAAAAGGCCGCUUCCGCCAGUCCAUCCUGAGCGGCCUGAAGCUACGGCGCUCUGAGUCCAAAAGCUCCUUGGCCAGUCAGCUCAGCAAGCAGAGCUCUUUCUGCAGCGAGGCUGGCAUGAGCACCGUCAGCUCUGCUGCAUCUGACAUCCACUCCAACGCCAGUGAGAGUGAACAGGGCGCCCCUGUGGACGCCACUGUCACAGAAAUGUACGCUGGCGAGUGGCGGAGCGACCAGAGAGCUGGCUGGGGCGUGAGCCGGCGCUCGGACGGCCUCCAUUAUGAAGGCGAAUGGGUGGGGAAUAAGAGGCACGGAUAUGGAUGCACCACCUUCCCUGAUGGCACCAAGGAGGAAGGAAAGUACAAGCAGAAUGCGUUGGUGAGCGGCAAACGCAAGAACCUGAUCCCACUGAGGGCCAGUAAAAUCAGAGAGAAGGUGGACCGGGCUGUUGAAGCUGCCGAGAAGGCCGCAGAUAUCGCCAAGCAGAAAGCAGAGAUUGCCAUGUCAAGGAUGAGCCACGCUCGUGGGAAGGCGGAGGCAGCUGAAGGAGUGGCGCAGAAGGCCAUGGAGGAGUGUCGACUGGCCCGGAUAGCUGCCAAAGAGCUCUCCCCCUCCUUCCACAUCUAUGGAAACGGGCUCGAAUGUCAGAGGCCCAAGCACCAGGACGCCAAGGACAAAGACCACGAGGUGAUCUCGACAGGAACAGACAGUCCGGAGCUGUGCACACCGGACACAACGCCGCCUGUAAUAACACCUGAUCUCAGCCCCGUGCUGAGCGUACCCACCCCGCCCCCCCACAGCCCACCCAAGCAUGCCCAUCGUCCCAGGAAUGCUUGCUUCAUGCGCCAGGGCGCUGUGGACGAUCUGGGCGGGGCCGAGAUCCAGGUGCUGGUGGAGGGGCGGGGGAUGGAUCUGCCGAGGGGAGGGGCUAACAAUUGGACUGACGACAUGUAUCCGGACCGAGGAGGCAGCAGCCGGUCCACCACACCGUCCCUUCUGGAGGAGCAGGAGGGCCAAAUUAACGGCCACGAGCAAGCCCCUUUGUCCAACCACAAACCACGGGAGAAAUCCUUGUCCAAUCACAAGUCCCGGGAGCACGCGUCCUCCUACAGAGCGUGGGAGCACUCCCUGUCCAACCAAAAGCCGUCCAAGCAAACCUCUUCCAAUCACAAGUCAAGGGAGUACUCGUCCUCCAAUCACAAAACAUGGGAUCACUCUUCCACCAAUCACAAGGCCUGCGAGCAUGUCUCUUCCAACUACAAGCCGCAGGUGCACAUUUUAUCCAAUCACAAGGCCUUGGAACAUAACAUGUCCAAUCACAAGACUUCUGAGCAUGCUUCGUCCAAUCACAAGUCCCAAGAUUAUAACUCUUCUAAUCACAAUGCAAAGGACUACGUCUCUUCUAGUUACAACCCUCGAGAGCAUGUCUACUCCAACCACCAUUCAAAGCAGCACAACCCCUCCAACCACAAGCUUAACGAGCAUGCUGUAAUCGACCAAAGGCUAGAUGGCCUCACCGGGGGCUGGACCGCUGAAAGCACCCUUAGGUGGAGCCCUGCCCACUCACGCCUCACAGAGCAGGACGAGGAGAGGAUGAAUGACUAUACGGUUGAUAUGAGGCUUCAGUGUCCGGACUCGCAGACGUCUCAGGGGCUGGGUCAGGACUCCCCGGCCCCUAAAAACAGCAGGCUGCGAUCCCGAGUCCUUCGGCCAGUCAGAGAGGGAUCCAUGGACUCUGUACAGAUGCUGGACAACCUGAAUGUGGGGGCAGAGCUGGAGGAGUGGCCGCUGCACAGGGACGUCACUCUCUCCCCUCCCCUAAAGUCUCAGCCCAUCACUCUGGAGCAGGAAGGAGAGCAUCUCACCCUCAAAUCAAACUCAGGCUCCAGCUCUAUUCUGGUGGUUAUGGUCAUUUUACUCAAUAUUGGAGUAGCCAUUCUUUUCAUUCACUUCUUUAUUUAAGCUUAUACAGGUAUGAUCUACUAAGACUUAUUGAUAACUACAAUAUAUUAUAUUAUUACUUACUGAGACGGACAUUCUGCCUAUUCGACUGGAGCCCGCGGCCCGAGUGACGGACACAGCAGAGCCUUUCUAUUGUUGCUACUGGUCUUUUCACCUCUGUUGAAGCCCAUUUGAGUUUCUAUGAAAGCACCAUUGUUUUUCAAAUGCUUAUUUUAAGCUUGCUACCAUAGGAAAAAAGUAAGAAAGUUAAGAGUGCAGCUUUAAACUAGCGUGGCGUAUCGGGACACACAUGCAUGAGCGUCCAUCAGCUACGGUUAAAUGGACUGGAGAUGGCACAGGCAGUUUUGCCCAUUUUUCCAUCACUCUAGACAAGAAUAUAGCAACCCUUGUUUCCUGGUUAUCAUGAGAAACAUGCAAACUCCAUCCUAAACCCCACAGACAAUAACCCCUUUUGCCUUUUACCCCUGUCAGCCCCAUUCACCAGUCUCUGCACUAUGCGCUACAUGCAGAACUAUGCUGCAAGAGUAGAUCCAUUUUAAAGGGCUCCGUCAUUAUUCUUUUCUUUUUUUUUCCACUACGAAAUACACAAACACACACAACCAUUGCAUGAGGCUGUGUGGGGUUUUAAAAGUGCAUUUUUCUAUCCCUUUAACAUCACUGUUUCUGUCCUCAUUUGUACGCACUCCAUCCUGCUUGUCGUCACUUCCUGUCGCGCCGCACCUGUUGGCGGAGAUUUUGGAAAUCAGCGCCUGCGACACUUCACGUCCAAAUCAAAUCACAGAAUCUGACCGCGUCAGAUUCACGUUUGAGUCACGAUUCAAAUGUCAGCGACCAAACACACGCUCCCAGGACCCACGAGUCUAAACCUCGAGGAACUUCCUGACUUUAUUGUUAAGUGAAAACACACACACACACACACACACACACACACACGUUCACACACAAAAAACACACACAUUUAAGAGCUGACAUACUGAGGAGGAUUUGUACAGCCUUGAGACUGUUAUGUUAUAACCACUAAUUCUACUAUAUAUGUGUAUGUGUCAUUAUUAUUCAAGUUUGUUACUUUUUUGCAGUUUGCAAGACAGAGAGAAUGCUGAGUGCCUCGUAUUUAUUAAUUUUUCCGUCUCAAAUUUAUUUAAAAAACCCCUAGAUAAACACCCUACGUGGGCAGGAUAAGAGGAGACGAAUAACCUCCGACAUUAAGAAAGGUGACCCCCAACCUUCCCCAACCCACCACCCCUACUCCUGACCCCAAAAACCUCCCUUUCACUCUGAAAUGGCAUGCACUGUUUUGUCUCUCUCUCCCAGUCCCCCUUUUGGACCAGUCAAAAAGGGAAAAAUGGGGUUUCUACGGUGUCAUUUCCAGACACUUUCUGGGCCGGAUGAGAUUUUUUUCAGCAUGUUUGUUCAGCCUGCUCAAUCUGGUGUCAGUUUGUGAGUUUCUCCCUCUCGUCUCUUCUAUCCAGCAACACAAGGCUACGUGAGACAUGGAGAGCAGUGUAAAAUAAAACGCUAGCUUUUAAUUCUCAGUGGAUACUGAAACGUCCCGAGUUUAUGAAUGAUAUAAAAAGAAACUCUCUGCUACUGUAUGUUUUAUACUUCGCACCCAGUGGCAUCAUCAUGUUGUGACAUCAUUGCAUGCCCGAGCAUGCUCUUUCUUACUCUUUGGUUUAUGAGGUUGUUUCG